AUGUCGGAUGCUACCGUCUCCUCCUACUUCUCCAACCUCUUCUCCUCGCAGUCGAGCCGAAAUGCCCUCUUCCUCGGCUCGAUUGCCAUUGGCUCCUCGCUAGCCACCGCCGCCGCCAUCUUUGGCACCCAGCGCCUCUCGCGCAGAAAGAAGCGCAAGGACCUCGGAGACACGAUCCGCAACGCCGCCACAAGCGCAAACGAGCGCCGCCUCGACCCCAACUUUGCCCACCCCAGGGACGAGUCGUCCUCGACCACCACCGAUGCCGGCACCCCGCGCUACCUCGCCGGCCUCUCUGCCGGACAGCUCCGCCCCUCGUCCGGCCUGCGCCACUCGCACAGCUUCAACACCUCGGCCUCGGUCCCGCCCAUCCUCACCCCCUCCCGCAAGCAGACGGCCGGCUCCUCUUUCAACGAGCCCCCAGAGUGGGACGAGAGCCUGAUCCGCGAGCAGCUCUCGCGCAACUACAGCUUCCUCGGCGACCAGGGCAUGGAACACAUCCGCAACUCGUUUGUCAUUGUCGUCGGCGCCGGCGGCGUCGGCAGCUGGGCAGCCCUCAUGCUCCUCCGCUCCGGCGUCGGCAAGCUCCGCCUCAUCGACUUUGACCAGGUCAGCCUCUCGUCGCUCAACCGCCACGCCUGCGCCAACCUCGCCGACGUCGGCCGCCCAAAGGUCGUCUGCUGCGCCGAAAAGUUUGCCCAGAUCGCGCCCUGGGCCACCCUCGAGGCGUGGGUCGAGCUCUUCCGCGGCGACGAGGCCGAGAGGCUGCUCGGAGGCAACCCCACCUACGUCAUCGACGCCAUCGACAACAUCGACACCAAGGUCGAGCUGCUGCGCUACUGCGCGGAAAACAAAAUCAAGGUCAUCUCGUCGAUGGGCGCCGGCGCCAAGUCGGACCCCUCGCGCAUCCAGAUCAGCGACAUCUCGACCACCAGCGAGGACCCGCUGGCCAGGUCCGUCAGGCGCAGGCUGAGGGCGCUCGGCAUCCCGCCCCUUCCGCCCAAGGAGGCGGACGAGGAGCGUGCCGACGCAAAGGCGAGUGACGACGCGGGCGGCAAGAAGGCCAAGCCCGGCAAGGCGGCCCAGAAUCUGGCGCCCGCCCAGAUUGACCUGGACAGGACUCCCGUCAGGGGCGCCGCUGCUGGCGGACCCAGCGGCAGCGCCAGUGGCAGCGAUGCGGAGAGGGAGGCGCCCGGCUCGCCCAACCGCCUCCUCGGCUCCAACGGCGCCGGCAAGUCGAGGACGCCGCUUGUGCCCUCGCCGCUUGGCGGGUCGCCCAUGCAGUCGCCUCGCAUCCCUCCCGCCGCCGUCGCGCCGAUGCCCAACGUCCGCAAGGCGCAUUCCCGCCGGGCCUCGUCGGUGUCGUCGUUUGGCUCGGGCGCCUACGCCACGCCGCUGACGACGCCGUCUGACGAAAUGGCGGCGCUGCUGCCUGCGGAUCAGCAGGAAGGCUGGGCUCCCCUCGAUGGCGACGACAAGGAGCGGUCCGCCGAAGACGCCAGGCCAUUCACGCUGGACGGGUCGGCGCAGGCGCAGGACGAGGCCAAUGGCGUCGACGAUGCCAAGGCCGAGGAGGCAGAAGUCGAGGCGCAGACAAAGGCGGACGCCGUUCGGUCCAAGGCCGAGGUGCCCGAGGACGUUUUCGUUGACGACGACGGAUUGGGGCCCAAGGUGGCUCCAUUGCAACAGCCCGUGAUCGAGAAGCCGCUAGGGGGCAGCGGAGCGCCUCGGAUGGGGCGGCACGCUUCGCGCACAUCGGACCUGGAAGAGAUGACGCCCGGGUCCACGACGUCCUCGCCCGCAGUCUCUCGCUCCACCUCGUACCGCAACUCCUCUGCGGCGGCGGCCGCGGCGGCGGCAGCGACAACGAAGACAACGACGACAACGACGGCUGCCGCUGCUGCUGCGGAAAUUGACCUGAGCGGCCCGCCUCCAGAGCCGAGCUUCUUCAUUCCGUGCGUCUACUCGACGGAAAAGUCGGACACGCGGCUGCUGCCGCUGGACGAGGACGAGUUCCAAAAGGGCAGCGUCGACGAGCUGGCGGCGCUCGAGGACUUCCGCGUGCGCAUCCUGCCCGUCCUCGGCCCGCUGCCCGCCAUGUUUGGGUUGGCGGUGGCGACGUACAUCAUCUGCGAGCUGGCCGGCCACAAGAUGGAGCCGCUGGCGUUCAAGGGCCGUCGCAAGCUAUACGAAAAGGUGGCGAGCGACCUGCGCGUGUCGGAAUCGCGAUACCGCGUACCGGGCAGCAGCAGCAGCAGCAGCACGACGAGUACCACCAACGGCGCGGGCGGCUCGACAUCGGGUCCGCACCUCGGCAUCCCCUUCAACGUCAACGACGUGUGCUACCUGUUCGAGGAAGUGUUUCGCGGGCGCUCCGUCGUCCCGCCGUUUGAUUCGCUAUCGCAGGCGCAGCUGGAGCGGUGGGACUCGACGCUGCCGCUGUCGUACAGCAACGUGGCGCUGUUUAGCCGCGCCCAGGCCAAGAUCCACGAGCGCGAGGUGCUCAAAAAGGGCCGCAGCCCCAUCGAGGUGUGGGGCAGCGAGACGGCGCGCAUGGUCAAGCGCCGCAUGGCUGAGCAGAGGGUCAGUGGCUUCUUUAGAUAG